UGUAAGUCAUUUCAGACAACUCAAAAUGGGAUGUUUUGUACAUUGUCUGAAAUGUCUUCAAGGUCUUAUAAAAGUGAACAGAGGAAGUAGUUGAUUUGCUGACUGCUGAGGGCUUCUAUACCUUGAGCUCUCAAAAAGGAGAGAGCCAUUCAACAUUGUUCACAAAUUAAUCUGGUUGGGAGAAGAGAGGAGAGGGGAGUCAUGCAUGUGAAGAGAGAAGGACUACGUGGAGGCUUUGAGAUAGUCUAAGUGUAUGUUUUUCACAAAUUAAUCUGGUUGGGAGAAGUGAGGAGAGGGGAAUCAUGCAUGUGAAGAGAGAUGGACUACGCGGAGGCUUUGAGAUGGUCUAAGUGUAUGUUUUCUAUCGCAAAGCCCCUCGUGUUUGUUAUUAGGAUAUUAGAAUAUGAAUGUGUGGAUUGCUAAGCGGACAUAUAAGGGUCCUCGUUGGAUUCCAGGAGUAGUCUAGACAUAUAGUGGAGGUUUAAGGGUUCACAUUGAAGAUGCCCUUAGUCCAAUAUAUGAUGAGCACGUUCAUGGAUGUUGGAUCCAGCCCUUCACAUCUGCACACCUUAUCUCUCUCGCACGCCUUUCUUAUGGUGCUGCGCUUCGGUGCCUUAAGGCACCUGCUUUUGUGUGCAUGACAUGUGGGUCCAACAGGCGGGCGCCGGUCAAUCAGAUGCAGCGUACCUACGCUAGUCUAUGAGGGUGACUGGACGGGCGACCGUGCGCCCGACCGCGACGGCGCAGUCCGCAGCCGGAGAUCGCCGACGCGUCGGAGGGCGGUUCUGGGCUCUCGCUGAGUCCGACGAGGAAGAUGCGGACGACGAUGGGAAUGCAUCCGCGGCAGGGUCGCCGUCCUCACCGACACCUUCGGAUCUCAUUUGCGAUCUAUUCCAUGCAGGCUAUAGCGAAGAUGAAGUGGCCAUGACGAUCGAUCAGGACCUGCCACCGGACGAUCCGGCGCGUAUCGGUCUUCACGCGGGCGAGAAACAUGAGAUGAUCCGACGCGUUGUUCAUCGGAAGACGGCGGCGUUGGCGCUCAAACCUUGGAAGGGUCCCCUGCCUAAGGUGAGUCUUCCGAACCUUACGUUAUUCGAUAUGAUCAGGCCGGAGUCAUGGAUUACUGUGAAGAAGAAGAAGAAUGCGAGACGGCUCGCCGUUCGACAGGCACCGGCGGCGCUCGUGAUGGCCGCGUCGGCGACAGAGAUCUCGAACGCGAGAUUGCUGAUGAGUUGUGAUGGGCCGGUUCGGACUGAAUCGGGUCCGCACGGAGUUGGGCCAGAGUCAGAUGGGUAUGAGGCCCAUGCUGGACCGGGCCAUACUCCUGUCCACAUCGUUAUCCCAUGCACGUACGAGGGUGAUCGUGGUUCUAUCUCUCGUGCGCCGUCGCUGCCUGGUUCUAGGGUUCGCAAGCACGGGACGAGAGGUUUCCCGGUCUGUGGAGCUCGUCGGGCAAGGAGGAUCCGGCCACUCUUGGAUAUGGCCGGGCGCGGGGCUGCGCCGCCGCCAGCCAAGUCAUCUGGUCCAGCGGGACGGGGUGGGGCGGUUCCGUCGCCGGCGGCGGGUGCUGGGCGUGGAUCCCUGGCGCCGCCUGGCCAGAGGCCGCCGGCAGGCGGGGGUGUGGUGCAGGGUAACCCGGGCCGUGGCUUUGGCCACUCGGGCGUUCAGCCACCGGGGCAGGUGCCCUUAGCUGCAGGACGGGGCGGGCUGAGGCCACCGGCGCCAGCUGCGGCGCCCGUCACUUCGCAGGCCGCGGGUCGUGGUGGACCUCGGUCUCUAGCGCCGGGCGUGACUGGUGUGGCUCCUGCUGGCCGCGAUGGUAUUGCCCUUGGGGUUGGGCCGACGCCUUCGGGCGGGCAGCCGCGUGCCGCUCCUCCGCCCCACUACGUUGCGAGGCCGGCUCAGAACCGGACGGGUCCGGCACAGACGAGGCUGAUUUCUAGCAAUAGAGAGCCCAAUGAUCCGCCCCGAGACCAGUGGGGGGAUGAUGGGUUUGAUGCGUAUGGUGAUGGACAGCAUCGUGGUUCCUCUUCCACGGGAGGAGGUCGUGGCUAUGCCUGGCAGAGUGAUGGGUCUGCUGAGAGACCGUUUCUCGGCCCUCCAGGCGGAUUUGUCGAGGGAGCAUCAGGCCCGGACCACCGCCAGAGAGGAGGCUAUCGUGGCCGUCGUGGUGGGGGCCGUGGGAGGUUUCGCCGACCGCCUUCGCCUCCGGCAGUUGUUGACCAUGCCGCGUCAGCAGUGGAGACCGACCACACCUCCACGGAUCUUCCUACCCAGGCGAUGGAGGUGGUGACAGCCUUGGCCAGUGUUGAGGUUCCUGAGACUGGAACUGUGGCCGACAGGUCUGAUGCAGAGCGGGCAUCCAAGUAUGCGCGUAAGAAGGAAAAGAUGCUUUGUUACCGUUGUGGUGAGAAGGGCCACUUCAUUGCUGAGUGCGUGGCUGAGUUGUGUGAGUCGUGUGGCAAGCCAGCACAUGCCUCGGGGGAGUGCCCGUUAUUGCGUGACCAGGCUCUGUUGCUAACUAUGUAUGGAGUCUGUUGUGUUGAGCUUAUGUUCUUUGAGUCACCAGUUGCGAGAGAGAUUCCGGAGGAGACCCUGAGCUUAACCACCGGGAUUGUGAAAGCUACCCAGGGCGAGGUGACUGAGGCUCAGAUUGUGCGCAGGCUUCAGGAGCUGGUUCCGGGGGACUUUCGUUGGGAGCUGGUUCUUCUCGAGAACAAUGUUUUUAAGGUUGAUUUCCCACGGUGGAUGAUUUGCAGAGAUUGCUGA